UGGAGACAUACAAAUUACAAUAUUUUCUUCUCUCUUUUUUCUAUCACUCUCUGCCAGCAGUCAGCACAGCAGUCUCUCUCUCUAGCAGUUUACAAGCACCAAAUAGCGCCAAACCUUUGAAAUUCCCUUUCUGAAAGAACCUUUGCUCGUCUUCUAUUCUUCUGUGAGAGAAUGGCCUCCUCAAACCCUAGCUCCGUCGUUGCUCCACCUCUCUCCAAAUUCGAAUUCCAGGCCGACGACGGUGCCUGGUACAACGUGCUGUUGGAGCUUAACGAUGACGCUCUCACCGUCAACUACUGCCUCUUAUCCUCCGACGACCACGAAGUCUUCAAGCCCACUCACUUCACGACUCUUGACGACCUCGAAAGUUUCGCGCGGCGGUUUCGCCCGUCGUCUCUGCAGCUUCAGGACGACGAGUGUCAGAAGGUUGUGCCAUGCAUGAGGGUUUUAGCUGCUUGUCGCUCGGGAUACGAUGAUGUUCGAUUCUACGAGGCCAUCAUCGAAGAGGUGGAGCGUCAAGAUCACACAUUUGAAAAUGGAAUAGAGGUAUGCUGCUGCAACUUUUUGCUUCACUGGCUGCAUGGUCCCAGUGCAGGGAAUUUGACAUGUUGCAGAGCUGCAGACAUUUGCCUCCUCCAAUUUACUGCAGACACUGAUCCAAAAGUGGAUUCUUUCCUGGAGAGGUCAAUGGAGAUAAUUGGAAAGACCUCAUUUUGUCCUGCUUCAACUUCUAGACAUGAUGCUGCAGCAGGUGCAGGUGAUACAGGUCAAAGUAGAAUCCAUUUCUUGAAUCCGGGUGUGUCACCACUUUGUGAACAGAGACUCAAGGAAACUCGUUAUUUGCAGCAGUGUGAAAACAAGGGAGGUUCUUUUGAAGGGAGGAUUAGCAAUCUUCACAAAGUGAUUGACGAUAAAUAUCUGGUGGGGAGUUCUUUUAUGAGAAAUAUCGAAGAAAUUGGCAACCUCGGGAAUGCUCUCAAUAGCAUGGAAGAACUUUUUGGACAAUAUGUUAUAGUAAUUGAAAAUUUGGAGGAAGAAUUAUCGUCAGCAAAUAUUGCAGGCUUCAUACGUGAAAAAAUACAUAUAUCACCUGAAGUGUACAUUUAUCAGAGUUUGUUAUUAAAGUCAUAUACAUGGGCAGUUGUCAUGGGAAAUGACAAAGAAGAACUUAAGCAGUUAAGGGAUUUUUUGUGUGAUCCUAAUCAAAUCAUUAUAUCCUCAAGAGGAAGGCCAUGGGUGAUAACUGAUAAAGUACCAAGAUUGGGAACAUUGACCAGGCUCUUGCUACCAAGAUCUGGGAAUAGAAAUAUUAGAAGAGGCAUUGGGUUAAAGAUUGUCCAUUCGAGUAGUGAUGAAUACCAGAGAGCUAAGCAGCUCAGGGAUUCAUUCAUGGAAUUCAAAAACAGUCAAGAGAAACUGAAAAAUCACCUAGCUUUGGAGGAAGAAAAUUCUGAGCUGUUUGGCUCAGCUGCGAGCUGCAAGUGAAAGAUUAAACAUUUCAAGUUUUGUCUUAACCAAACGUUCCUGCAUUGAGGUAAUUGCUCAUUUUCUGUUUGGUUUAACAACUGCUGUAAUAUGGUACUUCCAAUCAAGUCAGCACGUGUUCAUUGGAUUCUCUCUGUUGUGUCUCUUAAUACUUGUUCUGCUCAUGUUGUGGGAUACACAAAAAAGGUGUCUGAGUUCUCGCUGAUCCUCUUGGAUUGGCAACAUGCACUGGAUCCAGGAGUCAUGUUUUAUCAGGGAAAGUAUGAAGGGAAAGAGAAACAAAGGAAGUAUCUUUUAUGUGUAUAAGUAGUGAGAGAAAUCUCAGGCUCUGGCUCUCCCCUACUCCACAAUCAACAUGUUGAGAGUAAUUGCGCUUGGAUUUUGACUAAGGGUACUAUAUAAGAUCACUUGUAUAACUAGAUAUAUUACAAUUUUACCUAGUACAUCUAAACUUGCAAAACCACACUCAA